AUGCUGGCUGUCCUGUGGCUGUUUUGCCUUUCUCUCCCCACUCUGUGGGCCCAGAUAUUAAUAAGCUGUACCUACAAGAGUCUCUGCCAGCAGGCCCUACUCUCGGGCAAUGAUGUUGUCCUUCAGUGUGACUAUCCCAAGGCACUCUGGUACUUCUCUUCCAUUCUGGGGGAGGAUCCCUUGCUGCUAUCCUCAAUGCCUAACGUAAAGAAACUGCCUCGGGGCAGCCUCCAAUUGACCAACCCUCAGCCCUCCCAGACAGGCCUCUAUUACUGCCAAGACAAUGACAGUGCUAUCCUGGUGGAGUAUGAGAUUGAUUUCCAAGAUGUCACCACCCUGCAUGUUACGCACAAAGGCCUGGGCCAAAAGCCCCUGCAGAAUGAGACCCUGAGUCUGGGUGGCAGCGUACUCCUCUUUACCCUCUGGGAACCUUGGCAGGACUGUAACCGCUGCGAGGAGCCGGGUGAGCGCAAACGCCUGGGGUACUGCUACAUCGAGGAGCCCCUGGAAAGACCCAUGCCCUGCUGGCUCUAUCUGAGAGAGGAGAAGGUGCAGUAUAGCCGCUUACGGCCUGAGCUGCAGGUGGAAGCCUGUCUUGUACCCUGCGACCACAUCAAGGAAGUCAAUCAGCCAUACUUCACCUUUGACGUUUAUCAGUUGGGCAAGUUGACCAACAACAUGUGGCUCACCUGCCCCUUGGCCUCCGUCUACAGGUGACUGGAC